ACGGUGGGGCCCAACGAGGCGCUGGUGGUGUCAGGUGGCUGUUGUGGCUCUGAUGAAAAGCAGUAUGUGUAUGGUGGCUGGGCCUGGGCUUGGUGGUGCAUCACUGACACCCAAAGACUGUCUUUGGAGGUUAUGACCAUCCUGUGUCGCUGCGAGAAUAUUGAGACGUCGGAGGGGGUCCCACUGUACGUAACAGGGGUUGCACAGGAUUUCCCUAGAGAUAAUGACGUUACAGCCCAGGUGUGAGGACGUAGAGACGGCGGAGGGGGUAGCUUUAACUGUCACAGGUGUGGCACAGGUGAAGAUAAUGACUGAGAAGGAGCUCCUGGCUGUGGCUUGUGAACAGUUCUUGGGGAAGAACGUGCAAGAUGUGAAGAACGUGGUCCUUCAGACUCUGGAGGGGCAUCUGCGCUCCAUCCUAGGUACCCUGACAGUAGAGCAGAUCUACCAGGACAGAGACCAGUUUGCCAAGCUGGUGCGGGAGGUGGCAGCUCCUGACGUGGGCCGCAUGGGCAUUGAGAUCCUGAGCUUCACCAUCAAGGAUGUCUAUGAUAAGGUGGAUUACCUGAGCUCCCUGGGAAAGACUCAGACUGCAGCUGUCCGGAGGGACGCAGACAUUGGUGUGGCAGAAGCUGAGCGAGAUGCUGGCAUCCGGGAGGCAGAGUGCAAGAAAGAAAUGCUGGAUGUCAAGUUCAUGGCAGAUACUAAAAUAGCAGAAUCCAAACGGGCUUUUGAAUUGCAGAAAGCUGCCUUCACUGAGGAGGUCAACAUCAAGACUGCAGAGGCUCAGCUGGCCUAUGAGCUCCAGAGUGCCCGGGAGCAACAGAAGAUCCGGCAAGAAGAAAUUGAAAUUGAGGUGGUGCAGCGCAAGAAGCAGAUUGAUGUAGAACAGAAAGAAAUCCUCCGGGUGGAGAAGGAGCUGAUUGCCACCGUGAAGCGGCCGGCCGAGGCUGAAGCUUACCGCAUCCAGCAGAUCGCUGAGGGCGAGAAGGUGAAGCAAAUCCUCCUUGCUCAGGCAGAGGCAGAAAGGAUCCGCAAGAUUGGAGAAGCGGAGGCCUUUGUGAUUGAGACCGUCGGGAUGGCAGAGGCUGAAGGGAUGAGGCUGAAAGCUGAAGCUCUCCAGCAGUAUGGAGAAGCUGCCCAACUGGCUCUAGUGCUGGAUGCGCUGCCUGAGAUCGCUGCCAAAGUGGCUGCUCCCCUCUCCAGAGUGGAUGAGAUUGUUAUUCUUGGUGGAGACAAAAACAACACAACAUCUGAGGUGAACCGUCUGCUGGCUGAGAUCCCAGCCUCCGUGCGUGCUGUCACCGGUGUGGACCUCACCAAGAUCCCCCUGAUCCAGAAAGUCACCGGGGCCCAGGUGUGAGGCUGGCCCACCCAAAGCUAGUGAAGGUCACUCCUUGUUAUGCACUCAGACAUCAACUGCCUUCAACACGUGGGAAUUCCUUUUAUAUCAAAGACAAUCGGAGAUUUUGUUUUUAAGCUCUGGUGCCUUAUUUUGUAGGGCCAGAAAGAUGCAUGUCCAAUCACUUGCUCUUUUUAUUACAGAUGAUGGGAGGGGAUUUAUUUUGUAAUUAACUGUGUGCUGUAUCAGGCCAGGGUUUGGAUCUGGUCCUCAGUUAUGUUUGGCAGCUUGUUUGAUGUUGCAGUCCUGGUGCCUUGCUGGUCUCAGUCCUCAAUCUUGGAGCAGAGGCUCAGUGGGACACAGAGCAUGGAUCUGUAGGGAGAGAACAGCCAGGACCCACCUCCCCUGUGCUUCCUCUCCUCUGCAGCCACCCCCUGGGUGCUGCCACCCCUUGCCUCUGCCCAUGAGCUGGUUUUGUGGCUUUCUCUGUCUCAGUGUCUCACACUCAGGACCCUCACAGUGCUGACAGUCCUGCCCAGGCUGCACUCCCAGAGGUGACAGUGACCUCCCUGGGAGAGUGACAGUUGGUCACUACCAGUGGGUGCUGCAGUCAUUGCCAGCUCCCACGCUACCUUCCCUUGGGGAAGUUUCCUCCUGGGAUCUGGAGGUGGGAAAGUUUGGGGAGGGGCUGAUGGAGCAUUAGUGGAAGUGGAGAGCUCCCCCUCCCAGGAAUGCCAAUAAGCAGCGCUGUGCCAAAGCCACCCCCUCCUCCCCAAGGGAGGCAAAACCCCCAAGGCUGCUGUCCCCAAAUGCUGUGGUACAUGCCAACCCCCACAACUCCUAAAGCCUCGAGUCAGAGGAACAUGGGGGAUCUGGCAAGGUGCUGUGGUGGGGACGGGCUCCUCCAGCACCGUGGCCUGUAUGGUGUCUGGGGACCAGUGAUCCUGGGGCUGGUGCUGUGAAUGUGAGGCUGUGACAAGUGGCCAUGCUGGCCGGGGGAUUCCUCAGAACUCCUGCCUCAUAUGGCCAGUGGCUUUCCUUCCCUGAGUGACAAUGUAAAACAAAUUGUCCCCUCUGUGUGUCCCCACACAGUGCCACUGCACUGGCCUGUGCCCCUUCCCUGUCUGUCUUGUCACCUGUAGCAGCCAAACCUGCCUGGUGAAGGUAGCCUGGUGGUGGGGAGUGACCCACUCAGACCUUACGAGGUGCUGGGGGUCCCUUCAUUGGUUCCUUCACCCACAGCUUGGUGCCACCCCUCUUGUCAUUGGGUGGGUGUGGGGACCCAAGUCCCCCUCCACCUUCCUGGCAGUGCCCCCAGUAGUGGCCAGUGACCCACAGCAGGGUGGAGGGAUGCAGUGGGACCCUGUCCCUCUCCCCCUGCUGGGGUGGGGAGCACUGGUGUUAUCAGCUCCUGGCUUGUGCUCGUGCUGCGGGGCCACCAGCCCCCGUCUGGCACUGGCCACGGGGCGUGCCGGGUGAGGUGCCCUAUCUGCAUGUGUGUGUGCAUGACCGUGUCCCUGCCACUGCUGUACGAUAAUAAAGCCUUGUCACCCCCUUG